UCAUGGACUACCUCGACAGCAACGAGGAGGGGUCCUCUGAUGGUAGUUGCGUUACAGACGAAGACUUUAGCUUCGAAAAGGAGGACAAGGUGUCUCCAUAUGACGACGCUCUUGAUUGGGAAGUGGAGGACUCGAAUGAAUCAGCUGGCGACACUCCACCCAGAGUCAAUCAAAGGAAGAACAGUGAAUCUGACAACAGUUUGGACACAUCUGAGUCCCCAGAAGAACCAUGUGUUGGAACUGAAGAUGAGAAAACCUCACAUCCAAAUCAACAAUGUAGUCUGCCAGCUAAAAUGGCAAAAAAGACCCAAUCCCCACUUAAAAGAAAGCUGGCCUCAUCCUCUAAGAAGGCCAAAGUACCACAGCUCUCAACCCACAGAAAAACCCCUCCCUUCCCAUCAGAGUCAGAGGAGCCAUCCCAGCCCUGGAAAACCAAGGACGACCCUGAUGAGGAGGGUCCAACAUAUUUGCGGUUUUGCCCCAGAAGACCCCCUGGAUCACAAGUAGAUCCUUCAUCUGUUUUCUCACCGUUAGAACUUUUCAAAACCUUUUUUUCCAAGUCCACUGUCAGAACCCUCUGUGAAAAUACAAACAGCCAUGCAGCUAGAAACAUCUGUAAGGGCAAGAAAUUUAGUUGGACAGAUAUUACUCCAAAGGAGUUUUACAAAUUUCUUGGGUUGGUCCUUUUCAUUGCGCAGAUUAAGGCAAGAGCUAUCAGCGAUUACUGGAAAAGAAAUUCAAUCUUCUCAAUUCCGUUUCCAGGAACUGUAAUGAAGAGGGAUAGAUACAGAAUCAUAUCGUGGAACAUUCACAUGAGUGAUCCUGAUGAGGAUGUUAUCAAUGAUCGUAAGAAGGGUACCCCCGAAUAUGACAAGUUAUUCCGUCUAAAACCAUUAAUGGAUGAGAUUCGUCUUGCUUGUAUGGCAUCAUACCACCCACACAGAAACGUGGCUGUAGAUGAACGCAUGGUGGCUUCAAAGGCAAAAAAUGGGUUGAUUGAGUACAUCAAGACAAAGCCUAAUAAAUAUGGCUUCAAGUUGUUUGUUUUAGCUGAUUCCAGCAAUGGUUACACAGUGGAUUAUGCUGUGUAUAUAGGCAAGAACACAUUCCCCUUUUGUUUUGGAAUUUGUUAUGAUGCAGUGAUGUCACUUGUUAAGCCAUCCUUUCUUGGGUCUGGUUACCAUGUGUACCUGGACAAUUACUACUCCAGCCCAAAACUGUUCAAGGACUUGUUUGACAUUAAAAUGGGAGCGUGUGGUACCAUGCGUGAAGGCAGACAGGGUUUCCCAAAAUCUACAGAAAAUGCCCUAACCAAGAAGUCCCCAAGGGGAACUCUGCGAUGGAUCAGGGAGGGUUCUUUACUGUUUGUGAAGUGGAAGGAUGCCCGGGACGUGUUAAUGGGAUCCACCAUUCAUCAAGUCUAUGGAGGGGAGACCAGUAAACGAAAAAAGAAGAUUAAUGGAAAAUGGUCUGUUGAGUCCAUUCCAGUUCCAACAGCGAUUUCACAAUACAAUAAGUACAUGGGAGGGGUUGACUUAUCAGACCAGCUGAUCACAUACUUCUCAGCACACCGCAAAACAAAAAAGUGGUACCGCACAUUCUUCUACCAUUUUGUGGACAUUGCUACGACUAACAGCUACAUCAUUCACAAGGAGAUGUGUAAGGCCAACAACAUGAGGCCAAUGACCCACAAGGAAUUCAUGGAGCAGCUUGUUGCCCAGCUCUGUGAGGUGUCUCUUGACACCAAGGCCAAACCGAAGAAUACUGGACACACGCCUGUUCCCAUCAAGGUUGUGGAAGAAAGAAGCCAGAGAGUUUCAGGAGCACGAUUGCGAUGCAAGUUGUGCAAGACAUCAGGCCGGGGUUUGGACACUCCCUGGAAGUGCAAUGAGUGUGGGGUGGCACUCUGUGUCAUUCCACACAGGAACUGCUUCCACAAUUGGCACACCCUUAACCAAAAGGCACACGCUCCUGUAGAGUUUCAGUCUUCUGAUUCAGAGUGAAGUUACAUGAAACUAGCAUGUCCAUGGCAGGUGUGGGCUGCUGUUAGUGCAUUUCUGCUAAUGACUGGGUCUUUCAAUAGUUUUUAAGUGACUUGAAACAGUUGCAUAUUCCUCCUACUGUAGGCUAAGACAGGAUAGUUUUUUUCAUUUUGGCUGGAAAAAAGACUUUGGAAAGAGAGCUUUUCAGUGUUUGUUUUUCUGUCCAAUCAACGGUAUCAAUCAAUGAAAUAGAUUUAUCAAGCCCUUUUUACAACAGCAGUUGUCACAAAGUGCUUUUACAGAAACACCUGGCAUUAAAC